GGUGAAGUUCUCGAUCUAGCAGCUCUCUAGUGCCAAAAUUUUCCUCCCGCAGUGAGGAUCGCGUACGUGCGUAAGUUCGAUCCAUUUCGACGCGUUUCGUGAGUGGUGCGAGAAAGUAAUCAGUGCUGAUUGUGAUUAUUUUUUUAAUUUUGUUGAAUUCAACGAACUAAAUAACUUUCGGAAUCGAGAGAUUUAAUAAUGCAGAGCCAACGAAGGCAAUCCGCCGGCUCGGCCAUCCCGAAAGCGCCGGCCGUCAAGCGGCGUAUGUCCCGCCACGGUUCGGUCCUGAUUGAAACCACCCCGCGGCAGAUCCCGUGGGACCUCGUCGAUCGUCUGCUGGUUCCAAUCAUCGGCUGCCACGCCGCCGCCAUUGUUUGCUCCGGUGUGUUCAACUUUCUCGGAAUUUCCCAAGUGUCGGCCUUCGUGCUGUUCCUGUUCUUCUCGAUCCUGACCGUCGGAGCCGCCAUCGGAUUCCACAGUCUUAAGGUUUCGCCGCUCGGCAAGGGAGUGCUCAUCACUGGAUGCGAAUCGCCGCUGGCUCGGGCUCUGGCUAGACGGCUGGAUGAUUUGGGAUUUACGGUGUUUGCCGGCUUCAAGGCCCUGGAUGAGAGCACCGAAGCCGACAUGCUCAAGGCAAUGUCUUCCGGUCGGUUGAAACCGAUCCCAUUGGAUGUGACCUCGGAGGUGCAGAUGUUGGAAGCGUCUUUGUACAUUGCGGAGAACCUGCCGGAGGGAGCCGACGGACUGUGGGCGUUGGUUCACUGCGACAUGUGGUGUGCCCUUGGCGAGCUGGAGUGGAUCCCAUUCCCGGUCAUGAGGAAGUCCUUCGACAUCAAUGUGCUGGGAGCCUCCCGUCUGUCGCAGAUCAUGCUGCCGUUGAUUCGCCGGGCCAAGGGCCGUGUGGUGUUCCUUUCGUCAGCUAUCGCUCAUAUCCCAUCGCCGGUUCGCGGAAUCCAGUGUGCCACCCAAGCGGCCAUCGAAGGCCUAGCGUCCUGUUUGCGCCACGAACUGAAGACCCGUGCCGUCAAUGUGUCGAUUGUAUGUGCCAGCGAGUUUUCGUCCGGCGAUGCCUGGCUCGACGAUACCAAGAUGAUGGACCAAGCCAAGGCCAUGUGGGAACAGCUAAGCGACGAGCAGAAAUCGGAGUACGGAGAGGACUACUUCGAGACGGCCAUCCGUUCGCUGGAGAAGUACACCAAUACGGACGGUGACUUCCACUCGACCGUGCGCGCCCUGACCGAUGCCAUCAUCCGUUCGUUCCCGCUGUUCCGUUACACGCCGUUAUCCCGUUACGAAAAGCUCCAGACCAUCGUGUCCGAACAUCUGCCCCGCUCCGUCUACGAACUGUUCUACUCGAACUAAAUGAGAAUGGGAAAACGAAAGCCUAGCCGUUUUGGAUUUUUCAUUGGAUUUUGGAAACUUUCGGAGGAAUUUGGAAGAGAGAUAUUGCUUUUAUUAAACACUUUAUGCCUUCCCAAGAGGAAUGGACAAUUUAAUACCGGUAGAAUAGUUAGUUCGUAAGAAUCCAUUUGAAAUUUGAAGAAGUAGAGUUUGAGAGCUAGUAUAUCAGUAGCGGGUAUAACCAUUAGAUUGAAUUGAGAAUCAAGUAAGAAUUUGUAUGGUAACUGUUUGUCAUAUACAGUCGAACCUCCAUGAGUCGAUGUUCCUUGAUUCGAUAUCGACUCAUGGAGGUAUUUUUUUUCCAUACUGAAAAAUAAUUUCUGGGUUACUAUGAUGGUCCCUCCAAUAAGCAUCCCAAAGGAUUUUUGUCCCACUACUCGAUAUUUCCUUGAGUCGAUGGUCCCUUCAAUAUCGACUCAUGGAGGUUUUACUGUAGUAGGUAUAAAAAAGAUGGUUGAUCAACGAAAUAUAUAAAACUACAAAUGUAACUUAACGAUAAAGCUUCAUACGCUCAGAAGCUUCCAACAAGUGCUGCCAUCUUGAUCUGGCGGUCAAGGUGCGUUACCAAUUACCGGUAACGCUCAAAACGUCACACAAUGUUGCUUUGUUUUCGCUUCGCUAGCUCAUGCAAACAAAUAUACUCAUACAGGUAGAGAUUAGUAACGGGUUUGAACUUUUGUAUCGGCAUUUUAGUUAGUAUGUGUAAUAUUAUCAAUGAAGAGAGGAGCUGAAUCACAACAAGGCAAGGGGAGUAAUUUCGCUGCUGGCUAAAUUGUAUCCAACAUAAAAGUAAACAGAGCCAAACGUUAUUCAUGAGACGAGACGGUUCCUUAACGAUUCGAUUGAACAAGUGCAUUACAGACAUACAGGGAUAAAAAGUGAAAUUUAUUGAAUAAAAAGUCUGCGCAUUCGAA